GGUACUCACUUCAGAGCAGAGGACACGAGUUUGAACGAGACGCAAAGCCAUGUCGCCGGGCAGGUAUCCUCAUCCAAGACCACUCGGCUCGACACUUUGCUCCAACGUCCUCUGCAUUCUGUUGCUGUUCUUCUCGAUUGUAAUCUCUUGCCGUGCUGUCAAUCCAUCUCAUUCUCUGCCCCAGGGCCAGGACCCCCCUUGCCUCGCCUUUUCACCAACUUUCACAAAUAUGGACAGUAAGAACAACAGCAAAAGUUCGGAGAAGAUUAGUGAAGUUGCAUCCCUUAGAUGUGCAUUUGAUUUAUUUGAUGCCAACUUCUUCAACGGUGAAAAGAUUCGAGAGGUUGCCAAGGGUGCCAAAGAGUUUAAUAUCCCUAUAAUCAGAGCCAAUCGGAAAUUAGUUGCUUCUGUUAAUGGAGGACUGAAUAAUCCAUCUUAUUUGGUGUUCAAUCCCGAGUGGGGCAGCGAAAAACCACAAAGCAUAGACAAAAGGUUUAGUUAUCCAUCUGUUUCUGGCACUAAGAGACCAGAAAGUGAAGAAGAUAUUGCCUUCAUGAGUGUUCUUGAAUUAGGGGACCUGAUUAAAACAAAACAAAUUACUUCAGAGGAGCUUACUAAUAUUUUUUUGCGGAGGUUGAAAAGGUACUAUCAUGUUCUUGAAGCCGUGGUCUCCUAUACUGAAGAACUUGCUUAUAAGCAAGCAAGGGAAGCUGAUGCUUUGCUUGCCCAAGGGAUGUAUCUGGGCCCUCUCCAUGGAAUUCCUUAUGGAUUGAAGGAUAUAAUUUCAGUGCCCAAAUAUAAAACAACAUGGGGUUCAAAAACUUUCAAAGAUCAAGUUCUUGACAUUGAAGCUUGGGUAUACAAGAGGUUGAAGGCUGCUGGGGCAGUUCUUGUUGCAAAGCUUGUUUCUGGAUCUCUAGCAUAUGAUGACAUCUGGUAUGGCGGUAGGACAAGGAACCCAUGGAACAUUGAGGAGUUUUCAACGGGUUCAUCAGCUGGUCCUGCUGCAUGCACCUCAGCUGGUAUGGUUCCAUUUGCAAUUGGUUCUGAAACAGCUGGCUCUAUCACUUAUCCUGCUGCUCGUUGUGGUGUGACGGCAUUGCGCCCAACAUUUGGCACUGUUGGCCGAACUGGUGUAAUGAGCAUAUCUGAAAGUUUGGACAAGCUUGGCCCAUUUUGUAGAAGUGCCACAGAUUGUACUGUUAUUCUGGAUGCUAUUCGGGGUAGGGAUCCAGAUGAUCCCUCAUCAAGAGACAGUCCCCUCGAUGACCCAUUCUUGGUUGACAUCACAAAGCUCACAGUGGGAUAUCUUGACGAUGCUGAGGAGGAGGUUGUUCACAUUCUUGCAACAAAGGGUGUUAAUAUGAUUCCCUUUAAACUGAAUUAUACGGUUGAGUCUGUCCAAGGGAUCCUGAAUUUUACAAUGGAUGUUGAUAUGCUGGCUCAUUUUGAUGAGUGGCAGCGCUCGGGGCAGGAUGAUGAUUAUGAAUCUCAUGAUCAAUGGCCUACUGAGCUACAGCGUGCGCGCAUGAUUCCAGCAGUAGAUUUCAUCCAGCUCUCUACCAUAGUAGUUCAGGGAGCUUUGCAGGUUCCAGGCAACCAACCUACCAGUAGGCAUCAUCAGUGGCUUUAUACAAUUGCAUCUGAUGGCAGGAGAUUAUGGUUGUGUUUGAGCUCUUUAAAUGCACAAAGAGCACGGGGAAAGUUAACCCGGGAAGUGAAAGAAAGUUUUGAAGUUGAUGCAUUCAUUGGCAAUGCAACUGACUGGGAGAAAGUUUGCAUGGGAAAUCUCGUGGGUAUGCCUGUAAUUGUUGUUCCUACUGGAUUUACCAAUAUAUCAAAUCCACCUCAUGGUGGCAGCCGACGAAGAACCACUGUGACCACCGGCAUCUAUGCACCUCCUCAUCGUGACCAUAUUGCUCUAGCUCUGGCAAUGGCAUACCAAUCAGCAACUGAUCACCAUAAACAAUGCCCGCCUAUUGAUGAUCUUGGCCCCAACGACUCAAUUCCAAACCCACCCACGGUUAUCUACCCCACCAGGCUAUUGCAUCAUUGAAGGCAUCUCACCUGCUACUCCAGUACUUAUGAUGAUGUUUCUGAUAGGAGCCUCGCCAUUGGUGUGGUGGUAGAUCCAGUCUGUUUUCCAAAAGGGGUACCAUAUUGGAAAGUGAUAAGGUGUGCGCACCGGAUUGUUUAUUUGUAUGGCCAUUGGCCAUAAUUAUAUAUAAAGGGACCACAAGAUUAUGGAAGUAAUUAACAAGGACAAGGUGUUGUAUGGCCAUUGGCCAUAAUCAUAUAUAAAGGGCAACAAGAUUAUCGAGGUAAUUAACAAGGACAAGGUGGUCAAUAUACCCAAGUUAAGCUUGCUCAACUUUAGAGCAAUGUUACCUUACGACGUCAUCUCGAUCACAGGUACUCAUGUACAUUUUGUAUAAGACAUCAAAGGCACAGUCUAGGGAUGAUAAAAGCAACAUUUCUCAAAUUUUAUUGAAUCUGGCAGUAGAGAGAUGGAUUCAUUUUACAGGUUCACAAGAGCUGCACCAAACGUGUAGAACUCAACGUACGAAACACAAUAAUUUGCAUAAAAAGACAAGAAGUGAAUAUAACCAGAACAAAAGUCAUCAGGAAAACAACAAUAUGUGUUACUUUUUGGCACAUUCGAGGGGUCACACAGACAGAGAGUAGUUGUCCAGAGCGUUAAGCCCCAACGGGUAAAAAUCUCGCAUGAAAAAAAAAAGUGGAGAUGGAAGAAAUAGUUUGCUAUAUAUAAACACAACCCCUGAAAAUUCCCGUAAACAACAACUGAUAGUGAGAGAAACUCCCCCAUCUCUCUAGAGAACAAAAACAAAAACCUCCGAAGAGGGAGGCGGGAGCCUCGGCUCCUCCCUCCCUCCCUCCCUUGAUUAUUUUCUUUUUGUUUUCUUUUGUAGGUUGUGUGUGGUUAGGUUCUUAAAAUAAGGCUUUUGGAGGUUGUUUUGGUGGCUUAAGGGCUCAAGGAUCCAUCUCUGCUUCGGAAACCAGCUCUGUUCUCAUGGAGCUGUGUUCGUCCUGAGCAGUCCCUCGUGCAUCACAAGCCGUCACGAGCCUUGGGCGACCUCACGGGGAUAUAGUGCACGAAGGUAGGCGAUGUAGUCGGCUGGUUGAGGAGCGAAACAGAUCUCGGACUCAGUCCGCGGAACCAAACUUCAGAGCUGAAGGGGCUCUGUUUUCAGCUAGGAAAACAGAGAUAACCGAGCUGGGGUACUGGCUGCUUCGGUGAUGCAAAGUUCUAGGUUGCAGCAGAAGUAGAGGAGCAGGAGAUAGUGGGGUGCAGACUGGGUUGCAGCGGACUGGGUUGCAGAAAACGGAGAGGCUAGCUCACGUAUACGAGUCGCAUGCAGAGCAGAUUGGUGGAGUCAAACCGAGGGGCUACCAAAACAAGACAAGCCACCUGCACAAUGGUCAAACGAGCAUGCACGUCGACUGGAAGGGAUGGCCUUUAUUGUGCAAUGGCGAGGAAAGAAGACGCGAGAGGAAAAAAGGAAGAAGAAGGCGGCGGCGGCUCAAAGUUUACGAUGAAGCCCUAAGAGGGGAGUUCCAUUUGUAUGGGCUGGGCCUUUUUUGGUUUCGACUGGGCCACUGUUUUUGACAGCCAAUAUGUUUUUUGUGUUUGUUUUUUAUGUAUUUGCAGGACUGUUGUUUUUUAGUUUAUUGUUAAAAUAAAAUAUGUAGGCUAUUGGACUUGAUGUCCAUAGCAGUAGAGUCUCGCUCCUCUUUUGGAGGAAGGUGGGUGUUUGUCCUACUCCUCUUUUGGAGGAAGGUAGGUGUUGGUACUCUUCCUCCUUGGGAGGAGAGAGUGUGGUUGUACCUCUCUUCUUCGGAAGAAAGGUUGUUUUAGCUCUGUUUUGACAGAGCGCUUUCUCUUUUGGCAGUUGUCAAGAGAGAGGGUGUAGAAGUUUAGACAAUGUCCGUCACAAAAAAAUUUGUUGGCGGGAAAGCUCCUGAGCUGUUGCGUUAGUUGAUUUAUAGUCAGGUUCUCCUGUACUGAUAA